GAAAAUUAAUAUAUGCUAAUUUACAAUAAAAAUAGCUUAUUAAGAAGUAUGUCUACAGUUAGUCGAUCUUGGAAGCCUCGCUAUUUCGACAUCGGGGUUAAUUUCUCUGAUCAAAUGUUUCAAGGUUGCUACAACGGAUCAACCACCCCAAAGCACCCAGCAGACAUGGAAAAAGUUAUAGAUAGGGCUCAUACCUUCAACGUUGAUAGGAUGUUGAUUACGGCAUCUAACAUAGAGGAAAGCGAAGAACAUUUCGAUUUAGUCGAUAAACACAAAGGUUAUUUUGGUUCUACCGUUGGAGUCCACCCAUGUUCAGUGGCUCAAGAGUUCUAUGUGAGAGAUGAAGAGAGCGGAGAGUCAACUAAUCAACUCAGACCUGACGUGGAUGAAAAACUCAGUAAGCUCCAUCAGCUAACCAUCAAUGGAUUUGAGAAAGGUUUAGUGAAAGCGUUUGGUGAAAUAGGUUUAGAUUACGACAGAUUACACUAUUCUACCAAGGAGCAACAACUUGUUAUGUUUAGAAAGCAGCUUGAGGUCAUUGCCAAACUCAAGAACCACGAAAUCCCCCUUUUCUUACAUAUGAGAAGUGCAUGCGAUGAUUUCAUUGCCACGAUAAAGCCAUUUGUAGAAAGAGGUGAGAUAAGAAAGGGUAAUGGUGUUGUUCAUUCGUUCACUGGUACAACGGAAGAGUUAACCAAAUUGCUUGAUUUAGGAUUCUACAUUGGUAUAAAUGGAUGUUCUUUAAGGGCAGAGGAAAAUUUGGAAACUGUUAAAUUGAUUCCGAAAGAAAAGCUUAUGAUCGAAACUGAUGCUCCCUGGUGUGAAAUUCGAAAGAGUCACGCCAGUUAUAAGUUUAUAACCCCAUAUCCUAACAAAUAUUAUCCUGAGAUAAAGUUAGACGAACCGGUUAAAAAAGAGGAUUCAAAUGAUGAAGUGAAAGCAGAAGUGGAGGAUGCAAGAAAGCCUAAGAAGCAGCAACCAAAAUCAAAACUCCCAAUAGUAAAGCUUGACGAUUUCCUACCAUUUCCUUCUAUUAAGAAAGAAAAUUUCUCAAAACAUCAAGAUGCUAUCAAAGUAUUAAAAGAGAGUAAAAAGAUUGAAGAAUCAGUGGAUUAUACUAAAAUAGGAGAAUUUGCAUAUCCUUUAAUGAAAUCAAGGAAUGAACCAGUAUUUGUGGGAUAUGUAGCUGAGAUAAUGUGCAAGCUUUACGGAAUAGAAAAAGAUGAAGAUAUAGAGAAUUUCAUUGACUUGGUAUAUGAAAACUCAUGCAAGUUAUUUAAGUUAUAG